AUGGAUAACUUCAACGACGACUUAUAUCCAUUGGCCUUGCUAAUGGAUGAGUUGAAACACGAUGACGUGUCGAAUCGAGUGGAAGCCAUGCAGAAGCUUGAUACCAUUGCUAUAGCCCUUGGACCUGAAAGAACACUUAGUGAGUUAUUACCCUUUUUAUUGGACGUGGCUCAUGAUGACGAAGACGAGGUGUUUGCUGUAUUGGCAGGUAAAUUAGGGGAUUUCAUUCCCUUGAUUGGCGGUCAUGAACACUGUGAACCGUUGAUCCAAAUUCUUUUACCCUUGGCUUCUAUUGAAGAGCCCAUUGUCAGAGACAAGGCUAUUCAAUCGUUAAAUAAGAUCAGUAUGGAAUUAACUGAUGAAGAAUUGAACACCAUUUUCUUGGGCUUGAUUCAAAACUUAUCGCAAGCAAAUUGGUUUUCCAAGAAGAUUGCUGCUUGUGGCUUAUACAAGUCGGUUAUUUUGAAGGUUAAUGCUCAAACCAGAAAGAACCUUUUGGCGAUGUAUUUGAAGUUGGUUACUGAUGAACUGGCUCCCAUGGUUAGAAGAGCAGCGGCUAAUAAUUUACCCGCCAUAAUUGAUUUGUUCACCAGCGGUGAAACCAUUGAACCAAUCACGAGUCAAGAUUGGGAAUACAUUUCUCAAAUGUUCCAAAGUUUGAUUAAUGACGAUCAAGAUUCAGUUAAAUUUUUAAGUAUUAAAGUUUUGAUAUCCAUCUUGGAGUUCUUUGACCAUGCUAAAGAUACUCUGCACAACCAAGAGUUCCUCUUAUAUUCGUUAAAGCUUAUCGAAGAUAAAUCUUGGAGAGUUAGAUACACGGCUGCUGAUUAUUUCAGUGAUAUUGCAAAGCAUUUUUCAGGUGAGGAUUUGGCCAAGUUAAUUGAUCCUUUCAUUGCUUUAAUGAAGGAUAAUGAAGGGGAAGUUAGAAAAUCCAUUGCUAAACAAUUACCAAGUUUCUGUGGUCUUUUAAAUAAAUAUCCAACCACCAAAUCUUCAAUUUUGGCUAAAAUAAUACCCGUGGUUAAUGAAUUAAGCCAAGACCCCCAGGAGAACGUUAGAGCUUCGUUGGCUUCCUCAAUUACUGAAUUAUCACCUAUUUUACAAAAGCAAAACACCAUAAACAAGUUAUUGCCCAUUUUCUUGAAUAUGUUGAAAGAUGAAUUCCCAGAUGUCAGAUUAAACAUCAUUAGUAACUUAUCUGUGGUGAACGAAACCAUUGGGAUUGAUAUGUUAUCCACAUCACUUUUACCAGCAAUCACUGAAUUGGCUCAAGAUACUAAAUGGAGAGUUCGGUUGGCUAUCAUUGAGUAUAUUCCUAAAUUGGCCGAGCAAUUGGGUGAGAAGUUCUUCAAUGAUGAAUUAUUAAACCUUUGUAUGUCUUGGUUAUGGGACUCAGUCUAUGCCAUUAGAGAAGCUGCCGUCAACAACUUGAAGGAAUUGGCAGUUAUAUUUGGCUCCAAAUGGGCUAACACCGAGAUCAUUGCAAAGAUUUUAAGUGCCCAUCGUGAUAACAAUAAGAGUGAUUCAAUGAAUGACAACGAUGUUGAAGAUAAUGAUAACGAUGAUAAUAAUACUACCACCAAUAAUAACACCAACAAUAUAAACUAUUCUAAUUUCAUUACUAGAAUCACGUGCUUGUUUGCUAUUACCAAAUUGGUUCCUGCUAUUUCUCAUGAAAUUAUUGCAGAAAAGAUCUUACCCUUUAUCAAUGAAUUAUCUGGAGAUUCUGUCGCCAACAUCAGAUUCAACGUGGCCAAAGCCUAUUUGUUGAUUGCCACUCAGUUAGCUCUGGACCCCAAGUACCGAGGUCUAAUCGAACAAGACUUGUGGAAGCAUUUAGAGAUCUUACAGAACGAUGAAGACAUUGAUGUUCGGUUCUAUGCCAAUGAAAGUGUUGAUGGUAUUAAGGCACUUUAA